AUGAGCGACGGCGUCUACCCCACGACGGGAUGGACGAGCAACUUGGCUCGGCUGCCGCGAAUCUCGUCUCCGGACCUUGCCCGCCUGGCGUCCUGCUCGGGAACCGAGAAGGGAGCUCGCCGGAGCUACAAGUUAGUUACGGAGAGCUACGUCGUUGCGUCGACGGUAUGCGCCAACUACGACGAAGAAAUGGCCUCCAGAUUCUUCUUGAGAGCCAGAUGGUUCAGGAGCCACAAGAAAACUCAGCCACCCUACACCGUGAGCGCCACCAUUACCAAGGACGGUGAACUUCUUAACGGAUAUUGCGAGUGCCCAGCUGGGAAGCAAGCCUGCAGCCACCUCCAGGCUGUCCUGAAGACGGUUAUUUUGAUCCAAGGCAAGGGAUUCACCGAGGCCCCAGCACAUCCGUCAUGCACAGAUCUGCCACAGCGUUGGCGAAGACCGAGGGGCCAGGUCAUCGAAGGUUCAAGUGUGCAGGGUGUUGACUGGCGGAGGGUGGGCAAAGGACGACAAGACUUGCCGCGCUCAUGUCGGCUGGACCUCAGCAAGGCUAAGGAGCGUACUAUCAGCCAAAAGAAAAGCGCCGCGCUCCAAUUCGCAAACAGUUUGCAGCAGCUGGACGGGAAGACCUCCUUGGUAGCAGUGUUGGGAGCUGCAGAUCGAGCACAAGUGUGCAGCUCCAAGUGCGGCGAUGUGCUUGCUUGCUCUCCACUCGCCUACCAGCAGCCACUUGUCCCAUUUGGAUUUUGCAUAUUGUUGUGCAAGGAGCUGGAGCGACGAGUGGAUGGUGUCAGCACGAAGGCAAGGCUUCUGUUAGAGAAAAUAACACUGACGCCACUUGAAGCACAGGACCUUGAGAAGAACUCGCGGAGGCAGCGCGACAGUGCUACCUGGCUUCAGGCAAGGCAGUACCGCCUGACUGCAUCGAACUUUGGCACUGUACAUCGUCACGGCGAGUGGACAGAGAAGGGACUGGCAAACCUGACCUCAACAAAGGAUUUGUCCAGGGUUCCUGCCAUCCGGUAUGGGAUUGUCAACGAGCCUAAAGCACUGCAACACUACGAGGACGUUUUAAAGAGCAGGGGCCGAGACGUCCAUCUGUCGAGUGCGGGGCUGUUCGUGGAUCCUGACCAACCAUGGCUCGGAGCAACUCCAGAUGCAAUUGUGUACGACGCGACGGAGCAACCACCAUGGGGAUGUGUAGAAGUAAAGUGCCUCUACACCUUGAGGAAUGCAGAUCGCGACACAUUGCUCGCAAGUAACAUUAGUGUUGCUUUUAACAGCUCUAACCGUCCGCAUCUCAAGACAGAGCACCCCCACUUUGCUCAAGUGGUAGGACAGAUGGGGGUAACAAACCUCAAGUGGGCAGACUAUGUUCUUUAUGGGGACAACUUCCUAAACAUUCAGAGGAUCAGGUUUGACAAGAAUAUUUGGGAGGACAUAAAAGAGAGCUUGGACAACUUUUAUUUCACUACUCUUCUGCCAUACUUUGCAGCAAAGUAGUAAAGAGAAGCUGGUAAAAUUUACCGGGCCCCCUUAAAGGUGCACUGAAGUCAUUUUUAAAGAAGGUAAUUUUUUUUGUUAUAUAGUUUACAAGGUGUUAGCUACUUUAUAUAUCAAGUUCUAGUAUACAAAACUGCGGUCCACAUUCUCUGGCCCAAGGAAAGUCGUACAAUAAGCAUAGAUCCUAAGCAAUUUUAUUAUAACUCGUUUU